UAAGCCGGGACUCAGUAUGAGACACUGGAACUUGUUGCUCCCUCUUGGUGCUGGGUGAGGCUGUGGGGCCACGCACAGAGGAGAGACCCCCUCCUCUCUGAGACAUUCCCCAGCAGCAGAUAAGAGCAGACCCACCCUGUGCUCUGUAAACACUCUUGUUUCCCCUGUGUACACACACACACACACACACACACACACUCUGAUGAGUCUGAGUUUAUGAAUGAUCAGUGAGAGGAGCCUGGAGAGCCACCAUAACAUCUCAGACCUCAUGAGCAGCAUGUGGCCUCCACCAACAAUACAAGCGAUUCUAGUCCUGUGUCCUGAAGACUCUCACAGACACACGGUCCACACACACGAGCCACCGCCUCACACACAACACACAUCCAUCUGCUGAGCUUUCUUCACCAGAAGCAAUAAUCCACUGGGACUAUCCUGGGGCCUGGUGGUGGCUGUGGUUGGGGGGAGUGUGACUUCAGUGGGCCCCUCCCUGUCCCCCGGUGGGUCCCCGAGGUCCUGUACUUGGACUGUGACACCACAGCGGGCCGUGCCAGCGCAGAGCUAACGGACACUCAUCGUGCACGCCAUCCUCCCUGAACUCUGUUGCCAUGGAGUUCCUGGAGGCAUUUUACCGCAGGAAGUUAAAGAAGAAGCAAAAGAAGAGCGCGAUGUUUCACUCUGAGAUGCAGCUAAACCGAGCCCCCUCUUUGGCCAGUGUCGGUGCCACGGCAACAGGUGGAGAAACCACGGCAACAGGCCUCCUCACCAGAGUCCUGCACCUCACCAGGCGCAGGGACUCUCGCCCUCACUCGUGGCACUCCACCAAACUGGGAGAAGGUUCCUCUGAGUCUGUGGAGCACGUGAGUGGGAGGAGCAGUGUUCAUUCCAGUGCGGCCGACCUCCUCUCAGGCCUGAGUUCUCCAGGGGGGGUCAGCUGGAGCCUGGAGAGCCUGGAGCCUCACACCUCAGGCCAUCCUGGGUCUGCUCAUCUGGGCUCACGCAGCUCCUCCUCCUGUCUUCAGCUCUCCUCCACCAGGUCAUCCAGCAGUGACCUGCUCCACAGCAAGAGAGACUCUGCCUACUCCUCCUGCUCCCCCAGCCUCAGUUUCCCAGAAGGCCUUGGUGUUGACAGUGAGCGCUCCUUCUCUCUGGAGAGUAUCCAGCAGACUGCUGACAUGAGGAGCGUCCAUUACAGGCCUCAUGGUUUAGACCCUGAGAGCCGAGCCGGUCGAGUCAGACUGAGGGAGCAGCCAGCGAGCGGAGUGUGUUAUCAUGGUGCCACUGAAAAUCGACUGCUGAACCGCCACAGUCUGGGUCCCAUUUGGAGUACUGGCCAGAGUUCCUAUGAGAACCUGAAGGGGGCGCCAGCUCCUCAGCGGCGCAGUGAAACCUACACUUCAACUUCCCAAGAGCGGCCAAGCUCCUGGUCCAGUCUGGAGCACGCCCGCUCCCUGCGCUCUCUACGGUGUCAGCAGAAAGGCUCCUGGCCUCACCCCAGCAGCUCUACACCGUCAGCAGCUAAAGGCUUGUACAUGACUGAGGGGCAGCUCCACACUGUGAUAGAAAAAAGCCCAGAAAGCAGUCCCAGCAGCAAGCCCAGACAGGCCCAGAGCCCAGGGCCCCUCCAAGAGCCCCUCACAGAGUCCCCUUGGCCCCCUAGUCACUCCUCUGGAUCCAACCUUGGACUUUACCCAACGCCACAUAGGGACCACUGGAAUGGAUACUCCCACACUUACCACAGAGCUCCAGAGGCAGAGCGAUCCCUUAAAGACUCCCGUGAUCAGCUGGAUAUGUUCUCGUCAGUGGCUUGCCUCGGAUCCUUGUCCUGUCAUUCAGCCCCUGCCCCACAGUCCAUAAAACCACAGCGCUUGGACCGAGAGCACCCCCUGACGCGACAGGAGCACCCCCUGACGCGACAGGAGCACCCCCUGACGCGUCUGGAGAAGGCUCUGGUGGAGGUGCAGGGGGGAGAGAGCCCCUGUCUGUCUGUCUUGGAGAAGGUGAGCCGAUUGGAGCACCGAGAGCGGGCCACAAGACAACAGGGCCUGAGCAACAGCAGGCACAGGACUGGCCCCAAGCAGGUGGACGACAAAGGAACAUCACAUGGAGCAGAAGAUGUGAGGAACCUGCCCGGUAGGAGCACCUGUCACACCCUGAGUCAUGGAGGAGGCCCUCAAGAGAAGCACAGGUCAUGCCAAGACCACAGAGAGUCUCAAACUCAAGUGUUUCAGUCGACCUCCUUCAGAUGCACAAGCCUGCAGUGUGCCCCAUCUGUGCCCCCACCGCCUGUGCCUCCUAAAGGGAACACUUACCUGGACAAAAGAGACCCCAAACAGCUGCCCCCACCAGAGAAGACCAGACCAAAGACACUGCCCAAGCCCCACGCAGGAGUAUUCACAUCUAGGCCCUCUGCUCACAUGGUCAAAGCCCCAGUGCUCAACCUACCCACACCCGCACCCCUCCCUGCACCCACGGCUGCAACCCCUCCUUCAGCCUCUCCCCUCACCAGGAUCUGCGGCCGUAAGCGUCUCACAUGGGACCAGAAGAAGAGGUCCUUCUCGGAGCCUGAGUGCAUGAAUGAGAUUGGACUGACUCACACGGACAGCACAGCGCUCCUCAGACGAGCAGGAGACACCAGUGUGGCUGACCGCAGGAGGAUGUUUGAGCAGGCGGCCCAAGGACUGGUGGGCGGGACUUCUGUUGUGGUGGGCGGGACCUCGGAACAGGAUACACAGUUUGGAUUGGAAAGGAAGUGCAGCCAGAGAAAGGGGCGGAGCCAGAGGAGACCUCACAGUGCGGUGCUCCAGCCUGACCACACUCCUGCAGACUCCGUGGGCCUGGUCACCUCCUCCAGCCUGCUCUCUCUGCAGAACUGUGCCCAGGAAUCACACCUCUUCUCUGGGAAAGGGACCCUAAGCUCCCCCCUGGCCCCUGGAGGAGAACGCCACAAGUCCCGCUCCACUGUGUUCUAUCCAGGACGAGUGACGGCCCCUCGCGCCCCUGCCCUCCAACCUCCAAACCUUGAUGCAGCUGUGUCUCUGGGUGCAGACGUCCACCAGCCUGCCCCUGUGUCCCACAGCCUGUCCCUCUGCCGGGAGGUAGACAGUCCUCUGAAGAAGACUCCAUCUGAGGACAGACCAGAGAGGACAAACAGAUCCCUCUGCUCUCUCCCAGGGGGCGCUGUGGAGCAGGCUGGAAGGACGCUGGCUGGACUCAUCUCUGAGAAGGAGAGUUUGGCUCUACUCAGAGUUGCAGAGGGGCCUUCAGCAGCCGAAUGGCUCUCUCCUCUUCCUCCUGCGGCCCGCAACCCCACACCAGAUCCACUCUUGGUACCAGUCUCACGUAGGGAGCGGACACAGCGCAGCAACCUGGCUGCCUCUGUGGGUCUGCCCUGUCCUCUGUCCAACACACCCCACCCCCUGUCCGACACGCCCCACCCCCUGUCCGACACGCCCCACCCCCUGUCCGACACGCCCCACCCCUGUCCGACACGCCCCACCCCCUGCCCGACACGCCCCACCCCCUGUCCAACACACCCCACCCCCUGUCCAAUAUGCCCCACCCCCUGUCCGACACACCCCACCCCCUGUCCGACACACCCCACCCCCUGUCCGACACGCCCCACCCCCUGUCCGACACCCCCCACCCCCUGCCCGACACGCCCCACCCGCUGCCCGACACGCCCCACCCCCUGCCCGACACGCCCCACCCCGCUGCCCGACACGCCCCACCCCCUGUCCGACACGCCCCCCCCACCCCCUGUCCGACACGCCCCACCCCCUGUCCGACACGCCCCACCCCCUGCCCGACACCCCCACCCCUGUCCAACAUACCCCACCCCCUGUCCAACACGCCCCACCCCCUGCCUGACACACCCCACCCCCUGUCCAACACACCCCACCCCCUGUCCAACACACCCCACCCCCUGUCCAACACACCCCACCCCCUGUCCAACACGCCCCACCCCCUGUCCAAUAUGCCCCACCCCCUGUCCAACACACCCCACCCCCUGUCCGACAUACCCCAGCCCUUAUGGACGGGACACAGCUGCACCGGCCAGUGGCAACCAGUUUGAGGCUGGUACAGCCAAUCAGAACAUGGGUGGUGACAAAUGGAGUACGAUUGGUGGAUCUGAAACAAAGCAUCAGCCUCUGAGGGAAAAGCGACCAAUAGGAUGUGAGGACAAGGGCAGCGUUGUGCAUGGAGCUGAUGGUGAAAAUGACUUCAGUCCCCCUGCACUCCCACUGAAGACAAAGCCCAGUCCCCCUGUCCUCCUGUCCUCCUGUCCCUCUGUCCCCCCAGCGUCCAGCCCAGAUGAGGUGGUGCAGAACAGUCUGGGGCUGGACUAUGAGCCAGUGCCUGUGCGGCUGCAGAGCCCAGAGGAGCAGAGGGUCCAGGAGCUGCUCCAGAGACUGGUUCACAGUGAUGGCUCUCUAGCACCUCUCAUGGACGUGUGGGGUAAAUCCACUGUUGACGUCCUACUGGAGAUUUGUCCAAACAGCCCCCUGUUUGCAGAACUGUCACAGGAGCAGAGAGGGAGCAGCCCGCAGGACCACUGGAGCCGGGGGCCCACGGAUCUGAGUUCAACACAUGAGCUCAUCUCACAGAAGGUGGAGCUGUGUGAAGCGCUGAGGAGCUGCAUAGAGAGUUUAGAGCGGGAGAAGGCGGAGCUGAGUGCUGCGUUCAGGGAGCACACGGAGCUGGGGGCCAGAGUGGAGGUCUGGGUACAGGAGCAGUGUGAGGCUGUGCACAGGGACAAGUACCUCAUGUUCACUGGUGACCUGGAGCGGGUGGUGAACCUGCUGCUGUCUCUGUGUGGACGCUUGGCCCGAGUGGAGCGCUCACUGGCCUCGCUGCGCCGACAGGAGCCUGCAGAGGGCAGCACUGAGCUCUGGGACUCUCUUGUUCAUAAGCGCAGCGUCCUCCUGCGUCAGACCCAAGACGCCCUGGAGCUAAGGGACCACCUGGAGCGGCGGCAGUGCACAGUGCACUCGUUCCUGCGCCUCAGUCUGAAACCCUCCCAGCUGCAGCAGUACCAGCACCUAGUCAGCUCCACGCCCGCUCUGCUCAUCGCCCACCGCCGCCUGGAAGAUGCGCUCCAGCAGAACCAGGAGCAGCUCAGUCUCCUCUUGGACACGCUGCCUCUGGAGGUGACUCAGGCUCGGGGGUGGAGCCGGGUGGGCCUUACUCUGUCAGCCACGCCCCUACUCCUCUUGCACUCACAGGCUCCGCCCAAAUGGUACCCAAGCUCUGCCCAUGUGGUACCCAGGACAUCCCACCUAGACUGUCCUGUCACCGUGACGACGCUGUAA